AUGAAAGAUAUUAAAGAAGAAUUAAUUCGACAAAAAGUUGAUAAUAGACAUUGGCAAUUGUUUGAAUCACGAUUAAAACAACAGCAAAAAUCAUCGAAAAAUGAUGAAUUAAAUUAUACGAAAAAAAAUGAUUAUUUUAUAGUCGAACAAUAUGGUGAUAAGCAAAAAACAAUGCCAAACAAAUACGUUUUGACACCAACAAAACGAUGGCAAAAAUUUUGCGAACAAUUAUCAUGCACAACAACGGAUACACACAUUUUAUUACAAUUAUUUCAAAAUGUUUGGUUUAAGGAUUGGAAUACUAGUCCAAAUACAACAUUACUAUCAAAUAAUGAGAACAUCCCGUUUCUUGAACAUCUAAACUUAUUUUGUCAUAGAUUAUCCGCAACAGACAGUGAUAAAACAAAAAUAUUGGACAUUUUAACUAAUUUCUGGUCUGGAAAACACAAAGAAAUCGAUUAA